UUUAUGUCGGUAUUGAAACAUCGAAUGACUUUGAUAUUUACCAACCGAGUGAUUUGGUUAUACGUGUUUCUGAAACGUCAAUUUACUACAAUUUUAGUCAUUGAAAAUCGUCGUUCAGUUGUGUUAACGCAACUUGCAUAUCGUCGAAAAUAUCGUGGCAAACACUAUCCGUCGUUUGGUUUCGAAUUUUCUUGAGUACGGGACAGUGGGAGAUCGUCAACAUACCGUUCAUAAGGACCAAGAGGUUCCAAUGAAUUGGUUGAAGCUGUCAG